AUGAGCCUUCCAGAAUUAACCAAGUUGACAUUUAUCGACAUUUUUACUUCUUCUUUCUUUUUUCUUAUUUUUCUUUCUUUUUUAGAUUUCUUUUUCUUUUAUUUUUCCUCUUUCUUUGCUUUUUUCUUCUUCAAUUUCUUUUUCUUUCUUUUUCUUUUAUUAUUUCGUCACCUUUUUUUACCCUUUUUUUUUCUUCUUUAUCGUUUCCUCGUUUCUUUCCUUCACUUCUUUACCUCUUGUCUUUCUUCUUUUUCUUUUAUUCUUCUUGUUUUUGUCUUCUUUUCGUAUUUUUCCUAUUCUUUUUUCUUCUUUUAUUUAAUUCUUUUCUCUUUAUUCUUUUAUUAUUUUUCUUCAGUUUUCUUUCCUUUUAUUCUUUUUCUUCUUUUUUCUUUUCUUUUUCUUCUGAUUCUUUUUUCUUUUCUUUUUCUUCUGUUUAUUUUCCUUCGUUUCCUUCUUCUUUUCCUUUUUUUUUUUUUUUUUUCUUUCUCUGAUUUUAAUCCUUUUAUUACAAGGAGCGAUGCUGCUGAUGAUAUUUCUUCAGAUUUCUUUUUGUUUUUUUUUGGGGGGGUUGGUGGGGGGGGUUUCUCACACGGAUUUCAUUCCUUCGCCAACUUUUCUUAUCUUCUCGUGUUUUCUUUCUUGUUUCUUUAUUGUAGUUUUUACUCAGCGUCUAUACGUCUUUCUUCCUUUUUUUUUUACUUCGCGUUUUUUCUAAAAUUCUUUCAUUAUCUACUUUUUCGUACUUAUCCCUCUCUCUCUCUCUCUCUUUUCUUUCUUUUAUUUCUCUCGCCCCGUUUUUCUUCUUUUUCUCCUUUCUCUUUUUGUAGUCUUCUUCUUCUUCCUCUCUUUCGUUAUCUCCGUUUGGUAACUCUCUCUCUUUCCUUUCCUUCUUUUAUUUCUCUCAUCCUGUUUUUCUUCUUUUUCUCUUUUUCUAGUCUUCUUCUUCUUCCUCUCUUUCGUUAUCUCUGUUUGUCUUCUUCUUCUUCCUCUCUUUCGUUAUCUCCGUUUGAUAACUCUCUCUCUCUCUCUCUUUCCCGUGUUUCUUUUAUUUCAUUCUGUUUUUAUUUUUAUUUUUUUAUAUUUUCAAAUCUUAUCCUACUUCCUUAUCGCCUUUUUGUACCUAUCCUCUCUAUCUAUCUAUCUAUCUAUCUAUCUUUCCUAUCUUUCUUUUAUUUCUUUAUGUUUUUCUUCUUUUUCUCCUUUCUCUUUUUUCUAAUCUUUCCCUUCUUCCUCCAUUUCUCUUCUCAUUCUUCUUCUCUUUCACUAUCUCCGUUUGGUACCUAUCCCUCUUUCUCCCUCUUUCCUUUGCCUCUUUUAUUUCUUCAUUCUUUUUUUAUUUUUUCCUUUUUCUUUUUUCUAAUCUUAUCUUUCUUUUCGUACCUAUCCCUUACCCUCUUUUUCAUUUUUUUUUUCUUUUAUUCCUUCAUUUUAUUUUUCUUCUUUUUUCUUCUUUUUCUUUUUUUUAGCCUUCUCUUUCUUCCUCUCUUUCGUUUUUCUAGACUUCUCAUUCUUCCUCUCUUUUGUUUUCUCCUUUUUCGUACCUAUACUUCUCUCUCUUUUUCUCUUCUUUCUUUGAUUUCAUCAUCCUGUUAUUCUUCUUUUUUUCCUUUCUCUUUUUCUAGUCUUCUCCUUCUUCCUCUCUUUCGUUAUCUCCGUUUGGUACCUAUCUCUCUUUCACUCUCUUUCUUUUCUUUCUUCAUCUUCUUCUUUCCUUUUUCUCUUUCUAGUCCUCUCCUUCUUCCUCAAUUUUAUUAUCUCCUUUUUGUGCCAAUCUGUCUCUCUCCUUUUCCAUUCUUUCUUUUAUUUCUUCAUUCUGUUUUUCUUAUCCUCUUCUAUUCUGUUUUCUUUUUCUCGCUGUUUUCUUUCUUUUUCUUCAUCAUUUUUUACCUUUUCUUCUUGUUUUCUUCUAAUUCUUCUCUUCCUUGUCUUCCUCUUUUUGUUUUAAAUGCUUCAUUUUCUUUUUUCUUCAUUUUUCCAUUUCGGCUUCCUUUUCUGUCUCUGCUUCGCUUUCUUUUUCUUUUUGUUAUCCUUUUCUUUUUCUCUUUUUUUUUAUUGUUCUUCCUAUCUUUUUCUUCUUCGUUUCCUUCUCUUCUUGUGCUUUUCCUUUUCAUUUUCUCUUUUUUUUUCUUUUCUUCUUUGUUAUUCUUUUUUUCUAUUUUCUUCUUUCCUUUAAUUUCUUCUUUUCCUUCUCGGGUUCUUUCUUUCUUUCUCGUUUUUUCUUUCUUUUCUGUUAUCAUCGUCCUUCUCUUCAUGGUCAGCUUUUUUUUCUGCUACCUUUCCUUCUAUUUCUUUCUAAUACUUUAUUUACGUCAACCCGCCUCCGAUCUCUCUCUCUCUCUCUCUCUCUCUCUCUCUCUCUUUCUCUCAACGAACUUUUCUUUUUGCCGAUUUUGCAACUGGUUGUCAAAGACGUCCACUUUUUUCUCCCCUUUUCCUUAUUUUUACUUUCUUCUUUUCGUUCCUUCACCUCUUCAAUUCCAGUUUUUCUAUCUCCUAUCCUACCUAGCAAAUAUUUGCACUUUUCCAAUUCACGUAUUUGUUCUUUGCAUUUAUUUUUAUUUACUUUCUCUUUUAUUUUUAUCUGAUGCCUCGUUUGAUUUUUUUUUUUUUUUUCUCUCUCUCUCUCUCUCUUCGGAAAGCAAAUUCUUGCCACCCUCCACUCUGUACAAUUAUUUUUACUUAUUUUUAAUUCAUUCUUCACUUUCCUUCAUUUUUUCUUUCUUUCAUAAUUCAUGUUUUUGUCUUAUUCUAUUCUUUCCAAACCCCCUCUUUUCCCAAAUCCGGUUCUUGAUUUUCUUUUCUCUGUUAUUUAUACAUCAUUAUUUUACUAUUUUUAUUUUCAUUUUACUUGACACUCUUCCGUUUUUUUCUUUUCUCUUUUCCCUCUUGUCUUUUAAUUUUUUACUUUUCCUCUUCUGCUAUUUGUCUUUUUCCUUUUCUUUUUUUCUUUUUCCGUUUCUUUUUUCUUUUCCUUCUUCCUCUUUUUUCUUUUCCUUCAUUUUUCCUUUUCCUUCUUUUUCCUUCCUUUUUUUGCAUCUGCUUGAUUCUUUUACCUCUUCUUUUUUUCUUUUUUUCUCUUCUGCUUCUUUUUUCUCUUUUUUUUUUUUCUUUUCCUCUUCUUCUUUUCCUUUCGCUCUUUUUCCCUCUUCUUCUUUUCCUUUCGCUCUUUUCCCUCUUCUUCUUUUUCCCCCCUCUUCUUUUUUCUUUUCCCUCUUUUUUUUUUGUCUCUUCGGUCUUUUUCUUUUCCUUUUUUCCUCUUCUGCUUUUCUUUAUUUCCCCUAUUCUGCUUCUUUCUUUUCCCUUUUCUUCUUUUUUCAUCUUCUUCUUUUUUUUCUUUUCCUUCUUCUUUUUCCUCUCCUCCUUUUUUCUCUAUUCUCUUUUUUCUUUUCCUUCUUCUACUCUCCUAAUUCUUGCUUUUAUCAACUUCCACACCAACUUCUCUUUUCUUUCUGCUUCUCCUUCCGUUUCUUCUUUUUUUCAUCAUCAUCAUCAUCAUCAUCAUCAUCAUCAUCAUCAUCACGACUACGCGCUAUUACGUGGUAUUUUCUAUCUAUUUCUUCUCCUCCUCGUCCCCCUCCUCCACCUACUCCUCUUUAUCGCUUUUCUCCUACCACCUACUCCUCCUUUUCUUCUUCUUCUUCUUCUUCUUCUUCUUCUUCUUCUUCAAUGAAAAUGUUUCUCCUCUAUUUUAUUAGUCGUUUGCCCUUUUUUCUUGUCUUUUUUCGUAUGCCUUUUUUGUUUUCCUGUUCCACACAUUUUCAUUUUUUUUUCUUCUUUUUCUUCUUCUUUUUUUCUUCUUCUUCUUCUUCUUCUUUUUUUCUUCUUCUUCUUCUUCUUCUUCUUAUUAUUAUUAUUAUUAUAUUCCACAUUUUCAAUUCUUCCUCUUCCUUCUUCCUCCUUCUCCUUAAUGACUGA